AUGGCAGCUCAUCUUCACCCACGCGCCGCCGUCCCACAAUGCCUACACCGCUGCGAGCUCAGGGAUCCGAUUCUCCUACUCGCUCGAGAAUCACCGCGCCUCAUGAGUAAUCCCAAGUGUAGAGUAAUCAUUUGGAGGAUUGGCGCUGCCAGUGGGGGUGGGGUUGGGGACUCGUACUUGGACAUGUGGAAGAAGGCGGUGGCGAGGGAGCGGAAGUCGGUGGAUUUCGAGAAAAUGGCCGUCGAAAAUGAGGGGAAAGAGGUGAGUAGUGAGGAAUUGGAGAGGAUGAACCGCGAAUUUGGGAAGCUCUUGGAGGUCCCAGCGGAGGAGAGGGAUAGGGUUCAGAGGAUGCAGGUAAUUGAUCGGGCCGCGGCGGCGAUUGCAGCGGCAAGGGCGUUGCUGAAAGAGAAUUCGCGGCCGCUGGAAGAGGUUUCCGGAGAGGAGGGACAGCAAGAGGACACGCAGAACAAUAUUUCAUACCCCACGUCUCAAUCAACCACCGGCACUCCGGGCCCAAGCUUCUGGGCUUGGGCCCCGCCUCCCAUUUCCAUCGAGCCCGAGAUAAAACGAGCCCGUCAACCCUCUCCUUCCUCGCCCCAAUCCAUUGCCGUGCUCGAGCACGAACAAAGCUUCGAUAUCCUCCCAAUCCCGUUUGAGACCUCGAUGCUCGACAGCAAGAACGGACCCCCACUCCCCCCUCUUCAGUCGUUCGUGGAAGUGGAAAAAACCGAACUCACUGACUCGACGGCUCAUACCAUUGAGGAAAACGAAAUUGGUGUUCGUUUUUCGGCCCAUGCAGUUGAGGCGGCUGAUGCCCUGAGUAGAGUGAAGGGGGAUUUGAUAGAAGGGGUGAAUAUUGACGGGUCGAGGUGGUGGAGUGAGACAGGGGUGGAGCGGAGGUCUGAUGGGGUGGUUUGUAAGUGGACAGUGAUGAGAGGGGUUAGUGCUGACGAGGCAGUCGAGUGGGAGAAUAAGUAUUGGGAGGCAGCGGAUGAGUUGGGGUAUAAGGAGCUUGGUUCAGAGAAAUCGGGCCGGGAUGCGAAUGGGAAUAAAGAGGGAGUUAUCCAUUUUGAGAAAUCAGCAGAUAAGUGGGGAAAGAACAUUCAAGGGGAUGAAUGGCAAGAGAAAUGGUGGGAGCAUUACGAUGCAUCGGGCCAGGCCGAGAAGUGGGCCCAUAAGUGGUGCAGCAUCGAUCCACAUACUCCAUUGGAAGUGGGCCACGCCCACGUUUGGCAUGAAAGGUGGGGCGAGAAGUUUGACGGGCAAGGUGGAAGUGUGAAGUACACGGACAAAUGGGCCGAGCGUUUCGAGGGGGACGGUUGGGCCAAAUGGGGCGACAAGUGGGAUGAACACUUUGGGCCUGAUGGGUGUGGGCUUAAGCAAGGGGAGACAUGGUGGGAGGGCAAAUACGGGGACCGUUGGAACCGUACUUGGGGGGAGGGCCACAAUGGGUCGGGAUGGGUCCACAAGUACGGGAAGAGUAGUAGUGGCGAGCAUUGGGACACGCAUAUCCAGCAGGACACAUGGUACGAGAGGUUCCCUCACUUUGGCUUUUUCCAUUGCUUUGAAAACUCGGUCCACCUACGUGACGUUAAGAAACCAUCCGAGUGGUCUUGAAUUUUCUGAAAAUUUAUAUAAUUUAUAUAUAUAUAUAUAUAAAU